AAGGAGCCAUUGUGGGAAACGGCACUUCCGCAUUGCGACUGCACUAGUGCAUUUUCUCGCAAAGUUGGGCGAUUCUCUGGUCCUGCUCCGCGCUCGGCUCGCAUCGCUGACAUGGAGGAAGUCCUGUCAUUCAGGGAUGUGGCCAUUGAUUUCUCUGCAGAAGAGUGGGACUGCCUGGAGCCUGCUCAGUGGGAUCUGUACAGGGAUGUGAUGCUGGAGAAUUACAGCCACCUUGUGUUCCUGGGUCUUGCUUUCUCUAAGCCAUACCUGGUCACGUUUCUGGAGCAAAGACAAGAGCCUUCAGAUGAGAAGAGACAAGUGGCCACCACCAUGCACCCAGAUAUAAAACCAUAUAAAUGUAAGGAAUGUGGCAAAGCCUGUGAUUGGAACUCACUCCUCCUUGAACACCAGAGAACCAGUGCAGGAGAGAAUGCCUACAAGUGUGAAGAAUGUGGUCAGGCCUCUGGCUCUUACUCAGUAAUUUCUGAACAACAUAUAAAUGAUACAGAAGACAAAGCCUGCAAGUGUGAAGAAUGUGGGGAAGUCAUUUGUACUUGCUCAGAAAAUUCUAGCUACCAGAGAAUUUGCAUUGGAGAAAACCCCUACAAGUGUGAAGAAUGUGGGAAAGCUUUUUCUUCUCAUUCAUGUCUUGUUCAGCACGAGGUAGAACACACUGGACAGCAAUUUUAUAACUGUGAAGAAUGUGGGAAACUGUUUUAUUGUCCUUCCCACCUUAUAGAACAUCAAAAAAUUCAUUCUCAAGAGAAUCUCUUUAAGAUUGAGGUGUGUAGCGAGGUCUUUUGUGCUCCCAUAGAACUUUCUAAAGACCAGAACUUUUGUACUGAAGAAAAGCCCUACAGCUAUGAAGAAUAUGUUAAGGCCUUUAGCGCUUGCUCAGUACUUUCUGAACACCCAACAAUUCAUCCAGGAGAGAAAGCAUUCAAGUGUGAAGAAUGUGGCAAUGCCUUUUGUACACUCCAUUCAGUCUCUAAAAUGAAAAUUCAUUGUGAAGUGAAAUCCUACAAGUGUGAAGAAUGUGGAAAAGCCUUUGCUAGUCAUCUUUCCCUGAUUCAGCAUAAGAUAGGUCAUACUCGAGAGAAACCUUAUCAAUGUGAAGAAUGUGGCAAAAUGUUUUACUGUUCUUCAAACCUGAAGCAGCAUCAAAUAACUCAUUCUCAAGAGAAACCCUACAAGUGUGAAGUGUGUGGCAAGGUCUUUAGAACUUGCUGGCAACUUUCUAAACACCUGAGAAUCCAUUCUGGAGAGAAACCAUACAAGUGUGAGGAAUGUGGCAAAGCCUUUUAUACUCUCUCCUACCUUACUCAGCACAAAUUAGGUCACAGUGGGGAGAAACCUUACAAAUGUGAGGAAUGUGGCAAAACCUUUUACUAUCCUUCAGUCCUUAAGGAACACCUAGCAAUUCAUUCUGGAGAGAAACCGUACAGGUGUGAUGAAUGUGGCAAGGACUUUUGUACUCGCUCAGGACGUUCUAGACACCAGAGAAUUCAUACUGGAGAGAAACCCUACAAGUGUGAGCAAUGUGGAAAGGCCUUCAGUACUCACUCAUACCUUUCUCAUCACAAGAUAGUUCACACUGGACAUAAACCAUACAAGUGUGAAGAGUGUGGCAAAAAAUUUUACUAUCCUUCUCGCCUUAAGGAACAUCAAAGAAUUCAUUCUCAAGAGAAUCCUUACAAGUGUGAAAUAUGUGGCAAAGCCUUUUAUACUCAUUCAUACUUUACCCAGCACAAAUUAGGUCACACUGGGGAGAAACCUUACAAAUGUGAGGAAUGUGGCAAAACCUUUUACUAUCCUUCAAUCCUUAAGGAACACUUAGCAAUUCAUUCUGGAAAGAAACCAUACAGGUGUGAAGAAUGCGGCAAGGACUUUUGUACUCGCUCAGGACGUUCCAGACACCAAAGAAUUCACACUGGAGAGAAACCCCACAAGUGUGAAGAAUGCGGAAAAGUCUUUUCUACUCAUUCAUACCUUACUCAGCACAAAGUAGUCCACUCUGGAGAGAAGCCCUACAAGUGUGAGGAGUGUGGCAAAAAGUUUUACUAUCCUUCUCGCCUUAAGGAACAUCAAAGGAUUCAUUCUCAAGAGAAUCCCUACAAGUGUGAAAUAUGUGGCAAUGUUUUUUGUACUCCCAAAGGACUUUCUAAACACCAGAGAUUUCAUACUGGAGAGAAACCCUACAAGUGUGAAGAAUGCGGAAAAAUGUUUUAUUAUCCUUCUCGACUUAAGGAACAUCAAAGAAUUCAUUCUCAAGAGAAUCCCUACAAGUGUGAAAUAUGUGGCAAAGCCUUUUAUACUCACUCCUACCUUACUCAGCACAAAUUAGGUCACACUGGGGAGAAACCUUACAAAUGUGAGGAAUGUGGCAAAACCUUUUACUAUCCUUCAAUCCUUAAGGAACACCUAGCAAUUCAUUCUGGAAAGAAACCAUACAAGUGUGAAGAAUGUGGCAAGGACUUUUGUACUCGUUCAGGACGUUCCAGACACCAGAGAAUUCAUACUGGAGAGAAACCCUACAAGUGUGAGCAAUGUGGAAAGGCCUUUAGUACUCACUCAUACCUUUCUCAACACAAGGUAGUCCACUCUGGAGAGAAGCCCUACAAGUGUGAGGAGUGUGGCAAAAUGUUUUACUAUCCUUCUCGCCUUAAGGAACAUCAAAGGAUUCAUUCUCAAGAGAAUCCCUACAAGUGUGAAGUGUGUGGCAAAGCCUUUAGUGCUCACUUAGAACUUGCUACCCACCUAAGUAUUCAUUCAGGAUAAAACCGUACACGUGGGAAGGAUAUGGAAAUGCUUUUUAACUUAUCCAUCCUUACCUCAGAACAAAUUCCUGAACAGAAUUCUUAACAAUGUGAAGAAUGGCAAAAUGUUUUCUAUCCUCCAAACCUUAAGCCUCUGGAGGGAAACCAUUCUCACGUGUGACCUGUAGCAAGGCCUUUUCACUCACUUAGGACUUUCUAAACAUCAAAAGAAGUGUACUGGUAAGAAAGACCACAAAUGUAGGAAAGCUUCUACUAAACUUUUUAACCUUACUCACCACAAGGUAGUUCUUUUUGUUCAGAAACACUAUACUAGAGGAAAUGCUGGAAAAUUCUUUACUCUUUUCAGUCCUUAAAGGGUGUCACAGAGGUCGUUCUCAGGAGAGACCCUACAAGUGUGGGGAUUGUGCUUUCGGGUGUUCAGAUCUUAUCCAACACAUUGGGAGCCACAGGAACGAGAAACCAAACCUUUGUGAAGAAUGUGGCAAGUGCUUUACUAGUCAACACUUUCUAACCUCCUUACAAUUCAUACUGGAGAGAAACACUACAAAUGUGAACAAAUUGACAAGGCUUUAGAUGUUCUUCAUAGAUUAACACAAACAUAUUGGUACUGAAGAACCUUACACUGGUAAAAUGUAUUAUGAAGAUUUCAUUCAUCAUUCAGUAUUUGCUGAAUGUCAGAGAAGUCACACUUGGGAGAAUCUCUAUAAAUGUGCAAAAUAUAGCCAGAUGUUUAGCUGUAAUUUGUCACUGCAUUAGCAUGAGAGAAUUAAUACUCCAAAAAUACAAAGAAUAUAGCAAGGCCUUUGCCUGUGUUUCAUACUUUAAUUAUCCUCAGAAACUUCGUACUGGAGAGAAACUACACAUACAAAUAACGUGUCAAACUUUUAAUAAUAUUUCAAAUCUCAGUCAACACCAAAGAAUGAAUUCAGUAAGCUCCACUGUUUGACUUCACAUCUCUGCAUCUAAGGAAAGCUCAACUGUGUGCUUGUUUGGGUCGGACUGAUUUACAGAUGUGUCUGUAGGACAUUUUCUUGGAUGUUGAUUGAUUCCCAGUCUCACCCCUGGACUGGUGGUCCUGAGUGAAUGAGAAUUCUGACCACCAAAAAUCAGAGGGAGCAAGCUAGUAAGCAGAAUUCCUCAAUGGUUUCUACUUUAGCUCCUGUCUCAAGGUUUUUCCCUUGAGUUCUCAUCCUGGCUGAACUGGUUGACUAACUGUAAUUCCUAAACUGAAAUAAACCCUUUCCUCUCUUAAGUUAUUUCUUAGUCAUGGCAUUUAUCACAGCAAAAGAAAUCAACGUCAGACAGCAAAGAAUAAAGGAAAGAUUUUCCCUUUUCUUUAUAUCUUAGUUAUUAUCAGUCUUCAUACUGAGAAUGUCACAGUGUUGGUUUUUUUAAAUUUUUUGUUUUGUUUUGUUUUGGAAUGGAAAAUUAGACUGCUAGUGUCAGCUAAGAACAUAUGAGUCCUAUAGCAGAGACUUCUGUUUGCUAUAAUCUACCCAUCUAUUCUUUCAGACAAUGUGUUUUCAAGAGUCAUUGAUUGUUCUUUGAACUAUAAAUUUUUCCUGAAACUGUAGCCAUGUUGUCAGACUGUACCUGAGUCCUCUCAAUCUGGAUUCCUGAGCCAAGGUUUAUAUGGCAGAUUUUGCCCUUUGGGUCCCCCAAUUGUAAGUAACCCUUACCCUUUGGUCUGUAAGAAAACCCAGUACAUUCACUUUUCUCACCAACUUGGGCUGUAGUGAAAUCCUAAGAUGGUGUGUUGUGGGGUCCCUUUGUAGUGACUAGGCAUUUAUUUGUGUCUAGAGAUAGCUAACAACACAUGUCAUUCAUAUUUGGCUCCAAAAAUAAACAAAGUCUUAUUUCCCUUUCA